AUGGAAACCUUCAGAAACCUGGCUUCAGUAGAAUGUGGAAAAGCCUUUAGUAGUUCCUCACAUCUCACUCAGCAUACAAGAACUCACAGUGGAGAGAGGCCUUAUGAAUGUAAGGAAUGUGGGAAAACCUUUAGUCGUUCCUCACAUCUCAUUUCACAUAUAAGAACUCACAGUGGAGAGAAGGGUUAUGAAUGUAAGGAAUGUGGGAAGGCUUUUAGUCAUGCCUCAGCCCUCACUACACAUAUAAGAAUUCACAGUGGGGAGAAACCGUAUAUUUGUAAAGAAUGUGGGAAAGCCUUUAGUGAUUCCUCACAUCUCACUACACAUAGAAGAACUCACAGUGGUGAGAAACCUUAUAAAUGUAAGGAAUGUGGAAAAGCCUUUAGUCAGACCUCUUCCCUCAAUUUACAUAAAAGAACUCAUAGUGGAGUGAAGCCUUAUGAAUGUAAGGAAUGUGGGAAAGCCUUUAGUCGUUCUUCAUACCUCACUGAACACAUAAGAACUCACAGUGGAGAGAAACCUUAUAAAUGUAAGGAAUGUGGGAAGUCAUUUAGUUGUGCCACAUCCCGCAUUGCACAUUUAAGAACUCACAGUGGAGAGAAGCCUUACGAAUGUAAGGAAUGUGGGAAAGCCUUUAGUCAAUCCUCGCACCUCACUACACAUAUAAGAACUCACAGUGGCGAGAGAUCGUAUGAAUGUAAGGAAUGUGGGAAAGCCUUUUGUGAUUCGUCAGGUCUCAAUCAGCAUGUAAGAACUCACAGUGGGGAGAAGCCUUAUGAAUGUAAACAAUGUGGGAAAGCUUUUAGUCAUGCCUCAGCCCUUACUACACAUAUAAGAACUCACAGUGGAGAGAGGCCUUAUGAAUGUAAGGAAUGUGGGAAGGCCUUUAUUUGUUCCUCAAAUCUCACCACACAUAUAAGAACUCAUAGUGGAGAGAAGCCUUAUAAAUGUAAAGAAUGUGGGAAAGUUUUUAGUGAAUCCUCAAACCUUACUACACAUAUAAGAACUCACACUGGAGAGAGACCUUAUGAAUGUAAGAAAUGUGGUAAAGCCUUUAAGGUUUUUUCACACCUCACUUCACAUAUAAAAACUCACAGUGGAGAGAGGCCAUAUUAAUGUAAUGAAUGUGAGAAAGCAUUUAGUCAGUUUUCAGUCCUUAUUGAACAUCAUUAACCUUGUUCUGGUUGGGAGGGACCUUAUGAAUGUAACCAGUGUGGGAAUGCGUUUGCUCAUAUCUCUUACCUCAAAAACACAAAAUUCAUAGAGGAGAGAACACAUAAAUAUCAGAAAUGUAAUAAAGGUUUUAGUUUUUGCUUUUCUCUCUGUAAACAUACAGUGAGGAGUAAUCAUGAAUGUCAGGAAUGUGGGAAAGUCUUCGGAUCUUAUUCUUUGGAACACCUUUGAUUUGGUAUACUGGAGAUAAACACGAUACGUCUAAGUAUUGUUGAAUAACUUUCAUGUGCUUUCUUUUUGCAAAUCUGAAAGAUGUGGCAUAUUAACCAUGUAAGUGUAAGGAAUAUAGAAAAAUUUACACAUUUGGAAAACCCAUUUGAUCACAUGAGAAGUUGGACUGGAGAGACAUCAUGUAAAUGCAAGGUAUUUUGGAUCAUAUAUAUAUAUAUAUUGUAAUCUUAGACAACGUGGGAGAUAUUACGUUGUGUAUUGAUUCUAUGAAUAUAAAAGAUGAUGGACGCCUUUAGUGUCCACCCUUAGGAUGCCUGUGAGACCGUACACACUGGAGAGAAUCUGUGACUAUUAACUAUUUUGAGAAAGGCUUUAAUCACAUUGGAAAUUCUGUUCUGUUCUUCAUGGUUUUUGAGUUGGAAUGGACUCAAUUGCAUUGGAUUUGGCUUUUUUGGUCCAGAGUAUAAAGCACCAUGUUUUCAUUGUAGAAGAUUGUUUUUAACUGAAAAGUGUACGGAAAAAUAAAAGUCAUUUAGACUGUGACCAUGCUUGGUUUGUUGGGUGUUUACUUUAAGCCUUUCUUGUAUGGAAAAUAAUGUUUUAACAGAAUCAGGAUUGUACUGUAUGUUUAGUUUUGUAGUAGACAUGUUUUGCAUUGCAUCUCAUUCUACUUGACUGCAAUCAUGAUUGUGGAUUUCCUGAAGAAGAAACUACACAGAAAGUUUU